UUGGUGGUGUUGCUUUUCUGGGCGCGGAAGUAGAGAUGGCGGAGAAAGCAGGCAACACUGAAGCAACAAAUCCAUGGGUUUUCCGGUCGAAUCCGAUGGUACAGCGAGGGUUUAAAGCCCUGACCCUGUCAUUCUUUCUGGGGAUUUUGAUUGUUUGGGGGAUUGAUGGAUGGAGUUUCAAUAGUUUCCAUAAAGAGUUUGUUCUUCUUAAGUUCACUAACACCCGUAAUCGAACCCAAGCCCAAUUCACGCACCGAAACCAGGGAAAUUUCAGUCCUUACAUUGCUUUAGUUCACCCCAAUCUGAGCUUCCACGAGAAUUUCACCCACAACCCAGAAAAUUUGACACAAACGCAGAAAAAUUCGUCAGAAAUUCUCACCCACAAUCCAGAAAAUCUGACACAAACGCAGAAAAAUUCGUCACAACUUCCCAACCGCAACCCAGAAAAUCUGACACAAACGCAGAAAAAAUCGUCACAAAUUCCCAUUAUCCCUGCUAAUGUCACCAGUUUUAGUAAAAGUUUCCCUACCCACAGUUCUGUAAAUCUCACAGAGCCUCCAACUCUGGCGAAGGCUUCGCCGGAGUGGAUUUCGUCAGAGUUAGAGCCAAACUACACCUCGAAACUCCUCGCUGAUUGGCUAGCACCGGGAGGAUCGCCGUGCAGAGACUCGAAGACAGUGGAGAUUUCGGUUCCGAAACUGGACGGCCUUGAUAGAGUCCAGCUGUCAACUGGGGAUAUACAUGAGUUCGUGUUUCAGGCGUUGGAUGAGUCGGGAAAGCCCCGGUGCUCCGGCGGUGAUUACUUCGAGACCGACCUCUCCGGCGUGGCGUGGAAGUCUCGGCCACCGGUGAAGGACUGGGGCAACGGUACUUACUCGCUUUCUCUCCAAAUCCACCAAGACUUCGCCGGCGACUACAAUCUCACCAGAUUCGCCUUCGAUAAGGAGCUCCGAAAGUUUCCGAUCAAGUUCUUCAAGUCUAAAACCCUCCUGCCGGAGAUGGCCGCAUGCAAGAAAUCCGACUUCCGACGAGACGUCUGGACCGGCCGGUGGACGCGCCACGGCGAGAACCCGUCCUGCUCGAUCGACCGCGAGGGACGGUUCAGGUGCUUUGCACCGGCCUACCCAUGCAAAACCCCGUGGUGCUAUGGCCCUCUUGGGUCUCUUGAGAGCAAUGGCUGGACAUAUUCAACCCAUUGCUCGUUCAAGCUCUUCUCCGGCGAAGAAGCUUGGAAGUGUCUCAACGGACGGUGGUUUUUUUUCUGGGGCGAUUCAAAUCACUGCGAUACGAUUCGAAAUAUCCUCAACUUCAUCCUUGAUUUGAGGGAUAUCAAAACCGUUCCGAGAAUAUUUGACAUGAACAUCACCAAUCCGAAGAACCCAUCCCAAGUUUUUCGCAUCACUAGCAUCUUCAAUGGCCACCAGAAUGAAACUGGGAAUUACCAGGGAUUAAAUUCUUUGAAGGACGAUGGGUACAGAGAGUUACUGAAAGGGUAUUUUUCUGGUAAGACUGUGCCGGACACUGUCGUCAUGAACUCGGGGCUGCACGACGGAGUAUUCUGGCAGAACAUCCGGAGGUUUGCGGACGGGGCGGAGAGGGCGGCGGCAUUCUGGGCGGAGGUGUUCGAGGAGGUGCGGCGACGAGGGUUGGCAGCGCCGGAGGUGAUAUAUCGGAGCACGGUGGCGACCGGCGGCUACGCGCGGCGGUUGGCAUUCAAUCCGAGCAAGAUGGAGGCAUUCAACGGGGUGUUGCUGGAGAAGCUGCGGCGGCGAGGGGUGGUGGGAUGGGUAGUGGACCACUUCGACAUGACGUACCCUGGCAUUACGACAACCGCUGCAGCGACGGAGUCCAUUAUGGCCGAGCUCCGGCGAAGGCGCGGUGGCGUGACGGCGAGAUUGGCCACCAGUACUUCGUCGACCUCAUGCUGGGCCACGUGCUGCUCAACGCCUUAUGCGCAAGUUAGCGAGGAAGCU